CUGAGACGAUCCAACAGCGCCAUCUAUGGACGUGAAGCGGCUCCUGCGCCUCUGAGCCCAGCCUGACACACCGUCCUCUCACCGCCGCUGCCAAACACAGCACAGGCCGGGGCCAGCGUCUGUCUCCGCCGAGGGAUAAGCUACAUCGCCGAGAUGUCUGACAUGGAAGACGAUUUCAUGUGCGACGACGAGGAAGAUUACGACCUGGAAUACUCAGAGGACAGUAACUCGGAGCCAAACGUGGACCUCGAGAACCAGUACUACAACUCAAAAGCCUUGAAGGAGGAUGAUCCCAAAGCAGCACUCAGCAGCUUCCAGAAGGUGUUGGAGCUGGAGGGAGAGAAAGGAGAAUGGGGAUUCAAAGCACUGAAGCAGAUGAUCAAGAUCAACUUCAAGCUGACCCUGCAGACCAACUUUCCAGAGAUGAUGAACCGGUACAAGCAGCUCCUUACAUACAUCAGAAGUGCUGUCACCAGGAACUACUCAGAGAAGUCUAUCAACUCCAUUCUGGACUAUAUCUCUACCUCCAAACAGAUGGACUUGCUACAGGAGUUUUAUGAAACCACACUUGAGGCAUUGAAAGAUGCAAAAAAUGACAGACUGUGGUUUAAAACGAACACAAAGUUGGGGAAGCUGUACUUGGAGAGAGAAGAGUAUGGGAAACUGCAGAAGAUCCUGAGGCAACUUCAUCAGUCAUGUCAGACAGAUGAUGGGGAGGAUGACCUGAAGAAAGGCACACAGCUGUUGGAGAUCUAUGCUCUGGAGAUCCAGAUGUACACAGCACAGAAAAACAACAAGAAAUUGAAAGCCCUGUAUGAGCAGUCACUUCACAUUAAAUCUGCCAUUCCUCACCCGCUCAUCAUGGGAGUUAUCAGAGAGUGUGGUGGGAAGAUGCACCUGAGAGAGGGGGAGUUUGAGAAAGCUCACACAGACUUCUUUGAGGCCUUUAAAAACUAUGAUGAGUCUGGAAGCCCAAGAAGGACAACAUGCCUGAAGUACCUGGUCUUAGCCAACAUGUUGAUGAAGUCAGGAAUAAACCCUUUUGACUCUCAAGAGGCCAAACCAUACAAAAAUGACCCAGAGAUCCUAGCAAUGACAAACUUAGUAAGCGCCUACCAGAACAAUGACAUUACUGAAUUUGAGAAAAUUUUGAAAACAAAUCACAGUAACAUAAUGGACGACCCCUUCAUUAGAGAGCACAUAGAGGAGCUCUUGAGGAACAUUAGAACUCAAGUACUUAUCAAACUCAUCAAACCCUACACAAGAAUACACAUCCCUUUCAUUUCUAAGGAGCUGAACAUUGACGUGUGUGAUGUGGAGAGUUUGCUGGUGCAGUGUAUCUUGGAUAACACAAUCCACGGCCGAAUUGACCAAGUUAACCAGCUACUAGAACUGGACUACCAGAAGAGAGGAGGGGCUCGCUACACAGCUUUAGACAAAUGGACAAAUCAGCUGAACUCUCUGAACCAAGCCAUCGUUAGCAAGCUCACAUGAUGGCAUGUAAAGUCGGGAGACAAGGAAAAUGGCAUGUUUGAAUACAUCCAUAACGUAUGCUACUGUGCUUCUUCCAGUAUACCCUCUGAGACAAGACACACAGCACAGGUUUUAAGAAUGCCAACAAGUUGAAGAAGACUUGAGAACCACCAGACGUGUGUUGUUUUGUCCCGAUGAGAAGAAAUCACCGACACUUAUUUUUGUUUUUCAUGUUCCUGAUUGGCAGAUCCAUGUGCAACACACAAACGUUUCAGUUCUGUUAAAAAAAACAAAAACAAAAAAAAAAAGUCCAAAUGUGUAUGAAAACGUGUACACAGUAUUUAAUGUAUACUGUUGGUAAUAAACAGAUUUCUCUCAGCACUAAAAGGAUUCAACUGCCUUUAAACUGUGUGACGGGAUGAACAUGGAGUUGAAUAAAAACUGUUUUUAACUGAUAAA